GCCUCGGCCUGCAGUACGCAUAGCCCGACCCUGCCGAUAUCUGGCGCUGAGUCGAGCACAGCUGUAGCGCUCCUAAGCGCUCUUCGAGCACGUCCUGGCGUCCGGAAAUUCCGUCGUAGUCCGAGAGCAGCUUCAGCGACGACUCGCACCGGCAACGGUGAACUCGUCUAAUGCUCGCCACCUCCUGGCUGACCGCUCCUCCUCAUGCAUAUGCGCCUAUCGAUUUGUAUCAUAUAUCUCGUGUAUGGCUAUCUCCAGGUCUUGGCACAAUACUGGAGAUACCGGAAUGUUUGGCCAGGAGCGGGGUUUCCAAGUUCUGGAACGCCGCCAUACCGGGUGCCUGGGGCUCAGAAAGCAUCAUACGUUCUCGGCCGCGGUCGCUGACAAACCUCGCAUCAUCGCCGUCCACGACAUCUGACAAAGCGUCCUCCGCUGCAGCUGACUCGACAUGUACGAGCACUCGCUCGACAUGGCGACGCGGUCUUGGCCUUGGGCAUAUAUCAAGCGCGGCGGUGGCCCCACCCCCACAUCCAAUAACCCUAAACUGCACCCCUAUCAGUGACGCGACUUAUCGACGGAGCGGAACGCCGCCCCCAGCGACAACACCCCCUGCCCUUCAUUCUUAAUCUGCGCAUCGCCUAUCCUCUGCCUUCGCAGACACACAUUUGCAGCUCGGCUGCUCACCACGCACGUCCAUUACACACCCAUCACCCACCCCCACCAUGCCAGCGAUCCCGCGGCCCGCAUCCAUCCUCACAGGCAUCACGCUCGACGUCGACGCAUGGCAGUCGUCCGCGUCCGUCGCGCACCCGUGGUGGAGCGGCGACGAGUACUCCGCCGCCGCGAGCACCAAUGCCGUCGACCUCGGCCUCGCUCCCCAGAGCGCCGGCGCUAUCUCCA